CUUGUCUUCCCCCCCACAGGGAUACCCACCCACCAUCCCAGGGUCUACAACAUCCACAGCCGGACCGUCACCCGGUACCCUGCCAACUCUAUCGUGGUCGUGGGAGGCUGUCCCGUCUGCAGGGUCGGGGUGCUGGAGGACUGCUUCACCUUCCUGGGCAUCUUCCUGGCCAUCAUCCUGUUCCCCUUUGGGUUCAUCUGCUGUUUUGCCUUGAGGAAGCGAAGAUGCCCCAACUGCGGAGCCACCUUCGCUUAAAGGAGCAGCAGGCCCGGCUCUCCUACCCCAGCUCUUUUUCUAAUGUAAAUGUUGUGUACAAUAGUUUUAUUUGAUUCAGCUUCAGAACUGUUUUGUAAAGCGAGGUGGGACAGAUGUGGCACACGCCAGCUGCGGUUUCCCGGAGUGUGGAGCGGCAGCGCUGCUGCUCCCGCCCGAGGCUCAUGACAACUCAAUAAAGCACUGCUUUUAUUUUCUGCAGUCUUCAAUUUGAGAAAGGUGAGAAAUAAUGUUUUCAAUAAAUGAGAUUCAUACCAUU